AUGAAAAUUAUAGCUUCUCUCUUUGUAGCUUUGGUUACAUUGAGUAUGGUCUCUGCUUUGACCUUUGUUCAAUUACAACAACAAUUCCAGGGUAAAAUUUUACAACAAUCUACAGGUUCUGCUUUUAACGAUGCUAGAUUCGGAUAUAAUUAUAGAUAUAAUAGAAUUCCUAGAUAUAUUCUUCAAUGUACAUCGACCAAUGAUGUAUUAUUGGCUCUAGAUUUUGCUCAAACUGGUAGUGAAACCGCAACAGUACCACAGCUCCAAGUUUCUGUCCGUUCAGGUGGUCACAGCGCUGAAAUGUUUGGAGUCUUGGACGACCGUAUUGUUAUCGAUGUAUCUUUAAUGAAAAAUAUCAGCGUAGAUAUAAAUCAAAUGACUAUUACUGCUCAACCAGGAUUAAAAUGGGUAGAAUUUUAUAAUUAUACAAUUAAUAAUUAUCAAGUUGGUACACCAGGUGGAAGUUGUCCAUCAGUUGGUAUUGGAGGUUUGUCACUUGGUGGUGGAGCCAAUGAUUUGUCAACUGUCUAUGGUAUGAAUUUGGAUAAUAUUUUGGAACUCGAAGUUGUCCUUGCCAACCGUACCGUUGUCACUGCCUCUUAUUCACAAAACCCAGAUUUAUUCUGGGCUCUUCGUGGUGCUGGUCACGGUGGUUUUGGUAUUGUUACCCGUAUGACUUAUAGAGCUCACUCUCUUCGUCCCAAGUACUACUCUGCCUGGAUCACUUACAACUGGUCCGACUUUGAAACCGUCCUCGCCAAGGUAUCAUCGUUUGCCGAAUCCAUGCCAGAUAUUAUCAACCUCUACUUUACCGCCUUUGUCUCUGGUAACAAGGCCGGCAACCAAACCGACCCAAUCAUCAACCUCAGCUGUUUCUCUAAUGGCGAUCCAUUAGACGCCGAACAAUACUGUGGUCAAUUCCGUAACUUUGACGGUGUCACUCCCGUAUCGUUCUUUACCACUACCCAAUCCUACUAUGAUACCGUUCGUACUGGAACUGACCCCAAGUUUAGAAGAAGUUUCACCAAGGGUUCCUUCUUGACUGAACUCUCUAAAAAGUCGAUCAAGCGUAUCAAGACUGUCAUGGAGUCAUCGCCCAUCACAACUUUCAACUACAACACUGCUCGUUUGAAUCUCUACUGGCAAGGUGGUCAAAUGUUGAACCAAGAAAGAAACUUUACCGCCUAUGUCCACAGAACCUACCCAUGGAACGCUGUCUGGUUGGCAUCCUAUGUCACAUCCGAGAUGGAAGAUACCUACCACCAAUGGAUCAACAAGGCCACCAAAAAGAUGGAACCAUUCUCCUCGGGUGAAGUCUACCAAAACUACCCAGACGCCGAGUUGGAGAACUGGCAAGACGCUUACUAUGCCGAAAAUUAUGAUCGUCUUGUUCAAAUCAAGGCUGCCUAUGAUCCAACAAACUAUUUCUCUUAUCCUCAAUCUAUUUGA